GCAUGGAUCCCUCCCAGGAUGCCCGUACAUCACCCCCAACAGUAAAGCGCCCAAUGAAUGCUUUCAUGGUGUGGUCCAGCAAUGAGAGGAAGCGAGUAUCUGCACUGCACCCCAAGAUGCAUAACUCUGAGAUAAGCAGGAGGUUGGGGGAAGUUUGGAGGGGUUUGGGAGAGGAAGAGCGGAGACCCUUUCGAGAAGAAGCCAGAAGACUUCGAACCCAGCAUGCACUCGAUCACCCAGGAUACAAAUACGCACCCCGAAAGAAAAAGAAAGAAAAGUCAGUCAGCAAGCAGCAAACCCCAAAUAAAAUGCAAGAGACACCUUCUCAUGCUCCUGUAACCCCCACCCCACCUGGACCAGUGGUGCAGCACCAAGGAUAUCAUAGUAAUGGCUACCAAGACACUUAUGGCUUUUUGUCCUACAUGGAUCCACCAAAAACAGAAUCAAUUCUUCCUCCCAUUAGUGAUAUGGCCGCUCUCUAUGGCUUUGGGCUACCAGAUUUGGGCGAACGUAGAGGGUUUCACCCUCAGGUUCAUUACCAGAUGUUAGAAGUGGAGAGCAGUGGUUCAUUAAUUGAUCUGUAAGAAAGUGAAAAAAAAACUACAGGAUCCAAAAUGCAUUGCAAAAAGACAUCUAAAUGGCCCAUAAUGCACUGCACCCCAAGAUCUAACAGGUGCAAUGUGCAUUGAAAGUUCAGAUGCGGAGCUAAAGGAUCUAGCAUCAUUUACAAUUACAGAACGAGAGUGUGUUGCCAACACUGGAUUUAAAAUGAUUCCAAAUCUUAUUUUUAUGGAGAUUUGUUAUCAUGACUGCUAUAAAUGCUAGCUAAUAUAUACCUCCAGAUCCCCAACAAAUCCUUUAGGAAAUGUGUAGGAUCUUAGUUUUAAAAUACCCCAAGGACGUUUACUAUAGGAUGCCAACUUAAGGAGUGCCGGAAGAUUUCUUAUAGGGUGCUGAAUAGAAGUUUCUCAUUUGUGAAAAUCUUCUUACCUUAUAAUAUAAUAAUCAACUUAAUGGGUUUUCCUACCUGAAGUCUUAGAGGUUUAUAAAAAGAGGCCUUAUUGUGAAGGCUGCUGUAUGUAUUAUAUAUUUUUAUAGGAAUUUUCUACUGUUUCGUUAGAAUGUAUAUUUGGUUUUUUAAUGUCAAAAUAUUGG